AGUCGCUGGGGUAUAUACUCGUUGUUGGAUUUGACAGAGAGAAAUAAUAUUGACAGAGAGAAAUAAUAUGAAGACCCAACAUAUCUCUCACUACUCUAACCCAGCUUCGACCUAUUUGAAUUCCAAUAAAAUACGUGGAAUAAGUAAAAGACAUCGAACUCAUUUUACCAGUAUUCAAGUUGAAAAGUUAGAAGAGAUAUUUACUGCCAAUCAGAAUCCAUACCGAGACUUAAUCGUUCACUUGUCAACAUCUUUAAAUCUUACACAUAAAAAUAUCCUGAUAUGGUUUAAGAAUCGUAGAGCCAAAGAAAAACGACAAAAUAAAAUCACCAGAUCUGACGAAGAGGUCACACAAGAGGUGCCAGAAAAAAAUGUUAAAAAUCACAAAUCAACUGUUUCUAAAGAAGCACCAGAUACCUAUAUACUAGAACCUCCUAAAGUUGAUAGAUCUGAGAAAUCACCAAGCCAAGUAUAUGAAGCACCGACCAUAAGUACAUUCAAAGACACGUUUUAUCACCAAGAUCUAAUCCCCAAAAGUGAUUCAUAUUUUCCUGUAUCUGAACACUAUAAUAUUCCUUCUGUGUGUUACAAUCAACAAUAUCUUUAUCCACCAUCUUAUAACCCUCAUUAUAGAUCACCUUAUAUUGAUUAUGGUUAUCCAUCUGAUAGUGGAAGAAUUGACUAUUCUUAUAACGAUGCCCCCAUUUAUCCUUCACCAUAUUAUCCACCAGCACCAUAUUCAUUUCAACCCAAACCUGAUAACAUUGCUGAUCUUGAUCCCAAACAAGAUGCUACAUCCACCGACUCUAAUAAUUCCAAUCCAAAUCCUAAUGAGUCUGUUACAAAUCCGGGUGAGUCUAUUAAAAACGAAGUUGCACCUUCGUCUAUUGAUUCGAGCCGAAAUGAUACCACUUAUGCCACCAAUGAACUCAUAGAAUCCAAUAUAAUAGUAAAUCAGCCAAUUUGCCUUACUAAAACUGCGACUCCAAGUGUUAAUAGUCAGAUAUCGCUUUCCCAUUAUAAAUUUAAUUAUCUAUAACUGUAUAAUGUUAAAACUCAAGAACUCUCCUUCUGGAUACUAACAGAUAGUAUGAUAAGGUUUGGAAAACACCACAGAAAAAAACGCUCCUCUUGAACAAACAAAAUAUGGCAGUCACCUGGAUGAUAGAGUCUCUUAAUACACGUUUAGAAUCAAAAUGCGACUGCUUAUUCGCUUUAUUUUUAUAGACCCACAUUAAAUGUAUAUAUUGAACCUUAUUUAUUGUAUUUCUUUUAUUUUAUAUGAAAUAAAUCGUAUAAUUU